AAAACUUCAAAGGGAAAUCUAGGAUCUCAGAUGCAUGUGACAGAUACGCAUAUCCCCGGCCUGCCCUGCUCCUGAUCCCGGUGUUGGAGUCCCGUCCAAGGGUGCCCGGAGUCGCCGGGGUCUCGCCACCGGAGCCGUGCUGCCCGGGGGCUGGAGCCUCCCCGGCGCUCCCCCGCGUUCGCCCCCGCCCCGCGCUCAUCCGGGCGCAAAGCUCCCCCCGCUCCUCUCCACAGCCUGAGGGCAGCCCUGGCCUCGACAGCUCGCCCUAUAGUUAGGGACCCCAGGCAUCGCUGGCCUUUGCACGGGGUGGGGGGCCGAUUCCCAAGGGAGCGGGAGGCGUGGGUCCCAGGGCGGCGGCGGCGAAGGCCCGGGCGGAGGAGGAGACCUGAGUGGAGGAGGAGACCCGGCGACAGAGGCGAGAGCUCGAGCGGCCGCCGCCGCCUCCUCGCCAGCGCCGCGCGCCCAGGCCCCGCUCGCAUGCAAGUCACGUCCGCCCCCUCGGCGCGGCCGCCCCGAGACGCCGGCCCCGCCGAGUGAUGAGAACAGACGUCAAACUGCCUUAUGAAUAUUGAUGCGGAGGCUAGGCUGCUUUCGUAGAGAAGCAGAAGGAAGCAAGAUGGCUGCCCUUUAGGAUUUGUUAGAAAGGAGACCCGACUGCAACUGCUGGAUUGCUGCAAGGCUGAGGGACGAGAACGAGGCCAGCAAACAUUCAGCAGCAGACCCUCUCAAGAUUGUCUACUUGCCCUUGCUCCUGUUGAGUUACCACACUUGAAAGCAGGAGAUGGGCUCAGCAGCAGCCAACAGGCCAUGAUCCAGGAGGAGCAGUGAGGGACAGAGCUGCUGAAUUCAUUCAGAGGGCAGCCUUGUGGAUGGCCCCGAAGCAAGCCUGAUGGAACAAGAUAGAGCCAACCAUGUUGAGGACAACAGACUAAGUCCAUACGUGAUACCAUCUCCUUCUCCCAUUUGCCAGACAGAACCUCUGGCUAUAAAGCUCCAGAAUGGAAGUCCAUUAACUGAGAGACCUCAUCCAGAAGUAAAUGGAGACACCAAGUGGCAGUCUCUCAAAAGUUUUUGUGGAAUACCCCAUAUGAAAGGAAGCCAGAAUAGUUGUCUAAGUCCAGACUUUAUGCAAGAAAGUAGAGGGUAUUCCAAGUGUUUGCAAAAUGGAGGAAUAAAACGCACAUUUAGUGAACCUUCUCUCUCUGGGCUCUAUCAGAACAAGAAAUUGAAACAAGACCAAAAGGCUAAUGGAGAAAGAAAUAACUUCGGGGAAAGCCAAGAAAGAAAUCCAGGUGAAAGCAGCAGUCAACCAAAUGUCUCCUAUUUGAGUGAUAAGAGAGAACCUGUGAGCUCUGUAGCCCCAGAAAAUGCAGUUAAAGAUUUCACCAAUUUUUCAACACAUAACUGCAGUGGGUCUGAAAAUCCAGAGCAUCAGAUUCUGAAUGAUCAGGAGGGGAAAAAUGUUAAUUACCAUGACAAGAACAUUGUAUUACUUCUUAAAAACAAGGCAGUGCUAAUGCCUAAUGGUGCUACAGUUUCUGCCUCUUCCAUGGAAAACACACAUGGUGACCUCCUGGAAAAAACACUGUCUCAAUAUUAUCCAGAUUGUGUUUCCAUUGCGGUGCAGAAAACCACAUCUCACAUAAAUGCUAUUAACAGUCAGGCUACUAAUGAGUUGUCCUGUGAGAUCACUCACCCAUCCCAUACCUCAGGGCAGAUCAAUUCCCCACAGACCUCAAACUCUGAGCUGCCUCCAGCGCCAGCUGCAGUGGUGCCUGAGGACUGUGAUGCUGAUAAUGCCAGUAAACCAGCUGCAAUUCUAUGUACCUGUCCCUUUCAGAAACCAAAACAGCUACAACAACAAAAAUCAGUUUUUGAGAUAUGUCCAUCUCGUGCAGAAACCAGUACCAUCCCAGGAACCACAAAGCUAGUAUCUGGUGAAGAAUUCUGUUCAGAUUCCAGCAGCAGUUUGCAAGCUCCCAGUGGCAGCUCUGAACAGUAUUUAAAGCAAAAUGAAAUGAAUGGUGCUUACUUCAAACAAAGCUCAGUGUUCACUAAGGAUUCCUUUUCUGCCACUACCAUACCACCACCUUCCAAAUUGCUUCUUUCUCCCCCUCCUCCUCUUCCACAAAUUCCUCAGCUUCCUUCAGAAGGAGAAAACACUCUGAAUGAUGGAGAUGUGGAAGAACAUCAUCACUAUCCCAGCCAAAGUAACAUGACCCUCUUAAAAAGAGAGGUGAAGAUAGAGGGCCAAUCAGUGGUACCACCAUCUCGGAGUCCUAAUCCAUCUACACGUGCAUCCAACCCCUCUCUGAUGCUUCUAGAAAGGCGUCGGAGUAAUUGUGUAAACAAGAAUGACAUAAGGACUCCAGGGACAAUGGCUGUUCCAAUGUGUUCUGAGAAAACAAGACAAGCCUCAGAUCAUCUCAAGCAUAACCCACCCAUUGUUGGUAGCAGUAGAGAUCCACAAGACCACUGCCAGCAGUUGAUGGGACACAAAGAACAAGACAUUCUGAAGGGUCAAGAUAAGGAACAAGCAUGGGAUCUUGUGCUCCCAACACAGUCUUAUCUGAAACCAGGGUGGAUUGAACUGAAAGUCCCCCAUUUUCAUCAAGUAGAAUCUCAUCCAAAAUUUAAUGAGACAUCACUGCAGCCAGUUCAUCAGUAUCAGUUCAACCCCUCGAAUCAGAUGACCUCCAAGCAAUACACUGGAAAUUCCAAUAUGCCUUCGGGGCUCCCAAGGCAAGCUUACAUCCAGAAUAUAAUGCACCCAGAACAGAGGUCACAAAUGUACCCAGUUGAGAUGAAUCAAGGGCAGUCUCAAGGUACAGUGGACCAGCAUAUCCAGUUCCAAAAAUCCUUGCCCCAAGUACACUUGUCCAAAACAGACCCUUCACCUGAAGUUCACAUGCAGUCACCGUAUGCCCCUAGAUUUCAUUUUCAGUCAAGACCAGAUUCCCAAACCAAGAAACUCAUGCUCCCAUCAUUAAAACAGCACUUGAAUCAACAGGCUUCAGAGACUGAGCCAUUCUUAAACUCACACCUUUUGCAACAUAAGCCUCAUAAGCAGGCAGCACAAACACAACCACCCCAGAAUUCACAUCUCCCUCAAAACCAGCAGCAGCAGCAAAAACUACAAAUGAAGAAUAAAGAACAAAUGCCCCAGACUUUUCCUCAUCCCCAAGGCAACAAUGAUCAGCAAAGAGAAGUAUCAUUUUUUGGCCAGAUUAAAGUGGAAGAAUGCUUUCAUAGUGAAAGUCAGUAUUCAAAAUCAAGUGAGUUCCAGACUCAUAGCACCCAAAUGGGACUAGAGCAAGUACAGAAAAUAAAUAAUACAAAUUCCCCUUAUGGUCAGAUCCCUAAAUCAAAUGCAAGUGAUGUACAGCUUUCAUGCUCAAAUAAUACACACCUAGUUUCAGAGAAGAAAGAACAGUCCAUAAAUGCUGAACUCUUGGUGGGUAAGAAGACCCAAAACUUGCACCACAUGCCAUAUUUUCCAAAUAAUGUGACUCCAAAGCAAGAUGUUCACAGGUGCUUUCAAGAACAAGAGCAGAAGCCUAAACAGGCUUCAGUUCUACAGGGAUACAAGGGUAGAACCCAAGAUACGUCUUGUCAACAAGCUGCACAACUUGUUCAGCAAAGGUACUUGAUGCAUAACCAAGCAAAUACUUUCCCUUUGCCUGACCAGGGAGGAAGUCACCUUCAGACUCCUCCCCAGAAGGACAUUCAAAAGCAUGCUGCUCUCAGGUGGCACCUCUUACAGAAGCAAGAACAGCAGCAAUCACAACGAUCCCAAACUGAGAUUUGCCAAAACCAGUUGCACAGGCCAAUAAAGGUUGAACCGGGAUCCAAGCCCCAUGCCUGUAUGCGCCUUAUGCCAGCACAGCCAGAAAACAAAAUGUGGAAAAAGAUAACUAAGCAAGAGAUUCCAUCUCUGAACUGUGAUAAUGUGCAGCAAAAGAGCAUCAUUGAGACCAUGGAACAGCAUCUGAAGCAGUUUCAGGUCAAAUCAUUAUUUGACCACAAGGCUCUUACUCUCAAAUCACAGAAGCAAGUAAAAGUUGAAUUGUCAGGGCCGGUCACGGUUUUAACUAGACAAAUCAGUGCUGCAGAACUCGAUAGCCAGACCCCAGCUUUAGAGCAGCAAGCAACUCCUUCUUCAGAGAAGACACCAACCAAAAGAACAGCUGGUUCUGUUCUCAAUAAUUUUUUAGAGUCACCUUCCAAAUUACUAGAUACUCCUAUAAAAAAUUUAUUGGAUACACCUGUCAAGACUCAAUAUGAUUUUCCAUCAUGCAGAUGUGUAGAGCAAAUUAUUGAAAAAGAUGAAGGUCCUUUUUAUACCCAUCUAGGAGCAGGUCCUAAUGUGGCAGCUAUUAGAGAAAUCAUGGAAGAAAGGUUUGGACAGAAGGGUAAAGCUAUUAGGAUUGAAAGAGUCAUCUAUACUGGUAAAGAAGGCAAAAGUUCUCAGGGAUGUCCUAUUGCUAAAUGGGUGGUUCGCAGAAGCUGCAGUGAGGAGAAGCUGCUGUGUUUGGUGCGCGAGCGAGCCGGCCACACCUGUGAGGCUGCAGUGAUUGUGAUCCUCAUCCUGGUGUGGGAAGGGAUCCCACUGUCUCUGGCUGACAAACUCUACUCGGAGCUCACCGAGACGCUGAGGAAAUACGGCACGCUCACCAAUCGUCGGUGUUCGCUGAAUGAAGAGAGGACCUGUGCCUGUCAGGGAUUGGACCCAGAGACCUGUGGUGCUUCUUUUUCUUUUGGUUGUUCCUGGAGCAUGUACUACAAUGGAUGUAAGUUUGCCAGAAGCAAGAUCCCAAGGAAGUUUAAGCUGCUUGGGGAUGACCCAAAAGAGGAAGAAAAACUGGAAUCUCAUUUGCAAAACCUGUCCACUCUUAUGGCACCAACAUAUAAGAAACUUGCGCCUGAUGCAUAUAAUAAUCAGAUUGAAUAUGAACACAGAGCACCGGAGUGCCGUCUGGGUCUGAAGGAGGGCCGGCCCUUUUCAGGGGUUACUGCGUGUCUGGACUUCUGUGCUCAUGCCCACAGAGACUUGCACAACAUGCAAAAUGGCAGCACAUUGGUAUGUACCCUCACUAGGGAAGACAAUCGAGAAAUUGGGGUAAAACCCGAGGAUGAGCAGCUCCACGUUCUGCCUUUAUACAAAGUCUCUGAGGUGGAUGAGUUUGGGAGUGUGGAUGCUCAGGAGGAGAAAAAGCGAAAUGGUGCCAUUCAGGUACUGAGCUCCUUUCGACGGAAAGUCAGGAUGUUAGCAGAGCCGGUCAAGACGUGCCGACAAAAGAAAUUAGAAGCCAAGAAAGCUGCAGCUGAGAAGCUUUCCUCUCUGGAGAACAGCACAAAUAAGACUGAAAAGGAAAAGUCAGCCUUGCCACGUACGAAACAGACAGAAAAUGCAAGCCAGGCUAAACAUUUGGCAGAACUUUUGCGACUUUCAGGACCAGUCAUGCAGCAGGCCCAGCAGCCCCAGCAGCCCCAGCAGCCCCAGCCACCACAGAAGCAGCCCCAGCAGCCACAACAGCUGCAGCAGCCACAGCAGCAGCAGCAGCCACUCCAGCAGCAUCACCCUUUGACUUACAACCCUCAGUCAGAGUCUAUCAACUCUUAUUCUUCUUCUGGACCUACCAACCUAUAUAUGAGACAGCCCAAUCCGGUCAGUCCUUAUCCAAGCUCUUCACACACAUCAGAUAUUUAUGGAGGCACCAACCCCAUGAACCUCUACUCCACUUCAUCCCAAGCUGCAGGAUCAUAUUUGAAUUCUUCUAAUCCUGUGAACCCCUAUCCUGGGCUUUUGAAUCAGAAUAACCAAUAUCCAUCAUAUCAAUGUAAUGGAAAUGUGUCAACAGACAACUGCACCCCGUAUCUGGGUCCCUAUUCUCCCCAGUCUCAGCCCAUGGAUCUAUAUAGGUAUCCAAGCCAAGACCCUCUCUCUAAGCUAAAUCUACCACCCAUCCAUACACUAUAUCAGCAGAGGUUUGGAAAUAGCCAGAGUUUUGCUUCCAAGUACUUGGGUUAUGGAAACCAAAAUAUGCAGGGAGAUGCCUUCAGCAGCUGUACUGUUAAACCAAAUGUGCACCAUAUAGGGCCAUUUCCUUCUUAUUCCUCUCAUGAGAUGGAUGGCCACUUCAUGGGAACUGCCUCUAGAUUACCAGCCAACCUGAGUACUCCAAACAUCAACUAUAAGAACGGUGAACACUGUCCACCUUCUCAUAUAAUCCAUAACUACACUGAAACUUCAGGCAUGUUCAACAGCUCUCUUCAUGCCCUGCAUCUGCAAAGCAAGGGGAAUGACGUGCUUUCCCAUACAGCUAAUGGGUUGUCUCAGGUGCUUCCAGGUCUUAACCAAGAUGCUUCUGUCCAAGAUGGCUUGCACAAAUUAAAUCAUGCUAACAAUCAGGAAAGGCAGCCAUCGGCACCAAUCCAGGUCAUGGCCUCUGCUGCAGAGGAAAAUGAUGAGGUCUGGUCAGACAGUGAACAGAGUUUUCUGGAUCCUGACAUUGGGGGCGUGGCUGUGGCUCCAACUCAUGGGUCGAUUCUCAUUGAGUGUGCAAAGCGUGAGCUUCAUGCCACAACCCCUUUAAAGAAUCCCAACAGGAAUCACCCCACAAGGAUCUCACUUGUUUUUUACCAGCAUAAGAGCAUGAAUGAGCCAAAACAUGGCUUGGCUCUCUGGGAAGCUAAAAUGGCUGAAAAAGCCCGCGAGAAAGAGGAAGAGUGUGAAAAGUAUGGCCCAGACUAUAUGCCUCAGAAAAUCCAUGGCAAAAAGGUGAAACGGGAGCCCACUGAGCCGCAUGAAGCUUCGGAGCCCACUUACCUGCGCUUCAUCAAGUCCCUUACCGAAAGGACCAUGUCCAUGACCACAGACUCCACCGUAACUACAUCUCCAUAUGCCUUCACUCGGGUCACAGGACCUUAUCACAGGUAUAUAUAAUGCCACCCUUUUGUUGGUUACCUCAUCUGAAAAGACCACAACCAACCUGUCGGUAGCGUAGUUCUCACGGUGUGGGCAGUGGGGAAAGGACACAGUAUUCAUGAUAAACGUGGUGGGAAAAACCUCGCCUCACCAGCAAAACAAGAGGUAAUCUUACCACAGCACUUAAUUUCCACUGACUCCUAAGUGGUCACAGAUGGCAUCUAGAAAACAGACCAAAGCAUUCUAUGCAAAAAGAAGGUGGGGAAGAAAGUGUUGCACAAUUUACAUUUUUAAACACUGGUUCUAUUGGGCGAGAUGAUAUGUAAAUGUGAUAUUUUUUUCCCCCUUACAACUCUACACAUCAGUGACCACUUUUAAUAAUAGCAAGUUUGCAUAGUCAUGGAACACAAAUCAAACAAGUACUGUAGUAUUACAGUGGCAGGAAUCUUAAAAUACCAUCUGGUGCUGAAUAUACGAUGUACUGAAAUACUGGAAUUAUGGCUUUUUUAACAUGCAGUUUUUACAAUAAUCUUAAUAUUAACUUUUAUUUAUCAAAAUAGCUACAGGAAGCAUAAAUGAAUAGACAGGAAAACACUGAAUUUGUUUGGAUGUUCUAAGAAAUGGUGCUAAGAAAAUGGUGUCUUUAAUAAUUGAGAAUUUAAUGCCUUUUUAUCAUCAAGAUGCUGUCAGUGUACUCCAGUGCCCUUGAAUAAUGAGGAUACUGUUUCAUUCAAGUUUUUAUCAUAAUUACCUGUUCUUACAUGUGGACAUUUUGAAAGCCUCUGGAUUUUGCUCAUCCAGUGAAGUCCUUGUAGGACAUAAACAUAUAUAUGUACAUAUAUAUAUACACAUACACACAUGUAUAUGUGCACACAUGUAUAUGUAUAAAUAUUUUAAAUGGUGUUUUAGAAGCACUUUGUCUACCUAAGCUUUGACAACUUGAACAAUGCUAAGGUACUGAGACAUUUUUUUAAAAAAAAGUUUACUUUCAUUUUAGAAUGCAAAGUUGAUUUUUUUUAAGAUAACAAGGAAAGCUUUUAAAAUAUUUUUGCUUUCAGGCAUGCAUCUGCCAAUGAGCAAUGUGUCCAUUUUUAAUACAGCCAGUUAAAUCCAAAAUGGGGCUUACUGGAUUCAAAGGAAUACAUUGGUCCACAAAACACGUUUUCUGGUGCUCAUCUCACAUGCUAUACUGUAAAACAAUUUUAUACAAAAUUGUAUGACAAGUUCAUUGCUCAAAUAUGUACAGUUUUAAGAAUUUUCUGUUAACUGCAGUAACAAUUAGCCGCAUGCUCCAACUCCACAAAGCUAGUUCACUUAAGCCUAUGCUGUUUUAUGGAUCUGUAUGCUCCUCAAAGACCUGAAUGGCAGUCUGCCUUUGUGUUGAUAAUUAUGUACAUUGUGAUGGUGUCAUUUCUCAGCUUAAGUGUCCUCUUUACUGGGAAGAUUGAGCAGACUGAUGCCUGCAUAAGAUGAAUAAACAGGGUUAGUUCCAUGUGAAUCUGUUGAUUAAAGAGAAACAAAAAACAGGCAGCUGGUUUGCUGGGAUGGUUUUAAAUCAUUAAUUUGUAUAAAGAAGUGAAAGAGUUGUAUAGUAAAUUAAAUUGUAAACUAAACUUUUUUAACGCAGUGCUUUAGUAUUUUAGUACUGUAUAAAAUUUUAAAUAAAUAUAAAUAUAUAUAUGGGUUUGAAGCAGAAUUCACAUCAUGAUGGUGCUACUCAACCUGCUACAAAUAUGUCAUAAUGUGAGCUAAGAAUUCAUUAAAAGUUUGAGUGAUGUUCCUACUUGUCAUAUACCUCAACACUAGUUUGGCAAUAGGAUAUUGAACUGAGAGUGAAAGCUUAUAGCAUUGUGUACCAUCAUUUUUUUUCCAAGUCUUUUUAUUAUUAUUAUUAAAAAAACAUAACUUUUUCAAUACUUGAUUUCUUAGCAAGUAUAACUUGAACAUCACCUUUUUGUUCUAAAAAUUCAGGGAUAUUUCAGCUCAUGUUCUCCUUAUGCCAACAUGUCAUCUGUGUUUGUGUAAAAUUGUUGUAGGUUAAAUAUAUUCUUUUUCAGGGAUUUAACCCUUUUAUUUUGAAUCCCUCCUAUUGUAUAUUGUACUGAUGUAACUAAAACUAAUUUUGUAAAUCUGUUGACUUUUUAUUGUAAAGAAGAGCAUUUUAAAAGUUUAGGGAAUUUUUUGACUGUUUCAAGCAGGAAAAAAUUUACAUGAAAAUACCAUGCACUGAGCUGAUAAAGGGAAAAGUAUAAGGCCAGAGUUUGGCAAGUGGCCGUUGGCUAGAGUCUUUCAACUCUCUAAAUAAAGCUUUUGAUCCUGUAAUAAAUACAGGUACACACUCCAUGAGGGCUUCCCUAAACAGGCAAAGCACUAUAGGUAUGGUGUGCAAUAUACUGUACAGUUUCAUUUUGGUCUAAAUCCAUUUUUGCAUAGUAUGAUUACAAAUAAAUUCUUAAUCAGAGGAGGCCUUUGGGUUUUAUUGGUCAAAUCUUUAGAAUAUGGCUUUGUCCACUUUAAAUACAAACAUUUAAAAAAUGUUUGCUUUCAUACACCAAACCAUGAUUUAAAUGGUUUGCAUAUACCAUGAAAUAUAACCCAAAAUAUUUGGUUACUAUAUGCAUUUUUUGGUUUUGAUUCUCCAUCCCUAAUGAAUAUUUGGUUUCUAUAUCAUCCACUGUCAUUUGUCAAACUGCUGGCCAAAAAAGAACAGGAAGUACAGUUUGGGAGGUUGGAGAGAGGUGAGGGGGGGGGGGAGAGGGAAUUGAAUGACAUAUUGUAAAUAUUAGAUCUAUAAAUGUAAAUAUCAAACCUGCCUCAGAAUGAAUGAGAAGCAGAUAUAAAAUUUGCUUAUAUAGGAAUAUCAGGUUAACUAUAUAGCCAUACUUGAAAAUGCUUCUGAGUGGUGUCAACUUUACUUGAAUGAAUUUUUCAUCUUGAUUGACGCACAGUAAUGUACAGUUCACUUCUAAAGCUAGUGGUUAACUUGUAUAGGAAACAUUUGCAGUUUGACACUAAGAUAAUGAACUUCUGUGUGCAUUUUUCUAUGCUUUUUUAAAAACUUAGUUUCUUUUCAUUUUCAUGAAAUGUUUGAUUUGUCUGUAAAAUCUGAGGAUGGUUAUAAAUACUGUAAGUAUUGUAAUGUAAUGAAUGCAGGUUAUUUGAAAGCUGUUUAUUAUUAUAUCAUUCCUGAUAAUGCUAUGUGAGUGUUUUUAAUAAAAUUUAUAUUUAUUUA